AUGCAGCCAGCUCCGGUUCGACUGCAGCAAGCUAUAUGGACUGCCUUUAAAGCUGCAAGACCGAUACACAGCUCUUUGAGUCGACAAUUAUCGAAUCAGCCGUGUCCUCGAUUCCGGUUAGAGAACCCUCCACAGCGGAGGCUACAGCUAUGGCAGGCCUUGCCAUUUGGACGAGUGCGAUUCUACAGCGAAGACAAGAAGUCGGAAGUCGACAGGAAAAUUGAAGAUGCUCAGAAAAGAAUCGGCGAAGGCAUCGAGUCGAGAGCCGACACUCUCGGAAAUCUUCCAGGCCCUGAAGAGGAUACACUGAAGAAAAAAGAGGAUGAAACCAUAAUACAUACUUUACCAGAGUCGUCCUCAAUAGUCUACGAUGAACAUUCACCCGGAGAAACCGCUGCCAAUGCUGCAGCUGCAGCCGCCUUGUCAAAGAGCUCAGAAGCCACCACACAUAAUCAUGGCACAUCAACAGGAGAUGCUACAGCCCAGACAAGGCAGUAUCAAUCCACCAAAUCCCCUCCCACUCCCCGAUCUGCGAGAGAUCAGCUACCUUCCCAGAUUGCGGCUGGCUACUCCCACCUACGAGGCCGCUUCGUCGAUUUCAUGGACAAUUUCCAAACUCACAUCUUCACUGCCUCGAAGCGCCUCAACGAUCUGACAGGCUACUCCUCAAUUGAGCAGUUGAAGCGUGAUAUUGAAGCACAAGAGAACGCUGUACGUGCUGCUCGCCAACACGUCAAAGACUCGCGAGAUGCCUACCAAGCCGCCGUCACGACUAGAUCGGAUACUCAGCGAGAAGUUAACGAUCUCCUGCAUAGGAAACAUUCUUGGAGUCCCAACGACCUCGAGCGAUUUACCAGUCUCUAUCGAAGCGAUCACACGAACGAGCAGUCUGAGCAGAAGGCACAUGAAGAGUUAAGCCGUGCUGAACAGGGGUACGAGGAAGCAAGCACCAAGUUGAGCAAGAGCAUUCUGGCACGAUACCACGAAGAGCAAGUCUGGAGUGACAAAAUUCGGCAGAUGUCUACUUGGGGCACUUGGGGUUUGAUGGGUUUGAAUGUGUUAUUGUUCGUGGUAUUUCAGAUCAUGAUUGAGCCGUGGCGGAGAAGGAGGCUGGUGAAAGGUUUCGAAGAGAAGGUACAGACAGCCUUACGAGAACAAAAUGCUGAGCAAGAGUUGAGGACUAUAUUCCACCUGAAGACCGCUCAAGAGGAAGGAAGGAGAUCCGCAAUGGAUGCCGCUGCACCGGAAUCUGAAGUGGCGCAGGUGACCAGUGCAACAGAAAAUGCGACACCUGAGCAAGGUCCUGCAACUGCUAUUGCUGAUGCUUUGGCAGCAGACGAGCCGAGCAUACAGGAGAUGGCUGAGCGAACACAAAUUGAGCAGGCUGUGGAGACAGUCACAGAUGUAGAGCUACUUGCAGAGAGUCAAUCCCGGGAACCCGAAGCCCUUACACAAGCUGCAUUGCCAGAAGAUGGGUCCCCGUCGACGGCGACACUGGAAGCUAUUGUUACCCAGGAAGAGUCAAGCGAAACGCCUAGCACAUCUACUCGACAGGUCGAUGAUCUCCCGCCACUAUCAACGGCCCCUUAUCAAGACCUACCCUUCGUUCUAGGCACGUAUGUCCGAACUUAUGUUGCCCAAGCAAAUGUCUAUGCGCGUUCUCUGUUCGACGAGAAAGAGACAUUGACAGUCAGUCGGAAGGAGCUAACAAACAAAGUGCUAGAAGGUGUCUUCUUCGGUGCUGUUGGUGUGGUUACCUUGUUCUGGAUUGUUGGGGUUGGAGCUGUCAGAGGACGGUAA